AUGAAACCAAAGCCGGCAGAGCGCAUCGACGAUGGUAGCUUCAUGAGAAUCGAAGUCAUUUCAAUGAUGAAACUAUUGCUUGUCUCGGGCGUCGCUGUCACGUUUCUCACACUAUUUGUACUUAUUGGCUUUGGUGGAUCACCACCAGUUGCUACAUCUGACUGGACAAGCAGUCCGACACGAUGCACUUCAGACUUUUCCAUCAGUCUUUACAGGGAGUGCAUCAGAUCAAACGGUACAAUCAGUGACAAUGAUACAGAUAUUGAUAGUGCCGUAUCUGCUAUUGAUGAGGUCUUGAAAGUUUCAUUGAGAGAACGAAGAUCCAUCUUAACGUGUAUGUUUGACGCAUGCACGAACCGAACGAAUCGUCCAUUUGCCAGUAACGAACAGAGUCUACAUGUUGUCCAUUAUUCGUUUGAACUCAAUGGAUUUAAGCAGCUCAAUCGCUACUUUUACCUCGAAGCCUCAUUUCCAAACUUGAACCAAACAUAUCAAACUUUUAAUGUUACAUUGAUCCCGCAUGUCAAAGGGUUUUAUCUCAACGAGACUAGUGGUAAUCAAACAUAUGCAGACAUCAUUGACAAUGUCGCUUUAAAGACAGUCACUGUCGAGUGUGCAGUAGGUAAUUUGUAUUGUGAGCCAGUCUACUUCUUACGAUUUGGUGAUAUUGAUUUUAAAGAUUAUCAAGUUGACGUCCUGUUUAACUCUACGCAGACUUUGACACUCUCUGGCUCAAAUGUUCAAUUUCGAAAGACAUGGGGCACUGAAUCGUUCACAAAGUGGCUCAUUGGUAUCAAGUUUUUCUUUCUUUUCCUCUCUACACUCUUUGCAGGCUGGUACAUUCACUGUGUUAAUCAGCUCUCGUCACGUGAGCAGAACGUAGAACAAGGAUUUGUGAUGGCUUUGAUCUUGUCGCUCAUAUUUUUCAACGACCCAUUUUACUUUGCAGAAGCUACGUACGGCAGCAACGCAGCUCGACUUUUAAGUGUUGCAUUUCAAGUUACAUUCUUUCAGAUGCUGUUACUGUUUUGGCUAGUUGGGAUUGACAACAUGCGCUUACAAGGAAUGGAAAGUGGCGUGUCGAAUGUGAAGUUUUUUGGUCCAAAGCUGUUCUUUGUGACAAAUUUUUGGUUCAUCAUGGUGCUUUAUUACGGCUACAUCAAAUAUAGCCGCAACAACGAUGUCAUGUGGGAUCCUCUUGCUGAAAGCAAUUCUUUUACAUCCCUUAAAUCACUCUGCAGCCUUUUCAGUGUUAUAUUUAUCAUGUGGUACGGUGUUCUCAUUGGAAUGAGUAUACGUCUUGCUAGCGGUGAGUUAUCGCCGAUUCCAUCGAGCGGUGGAGCAUGGACGUCACUUCAGACGAUUAUUAAUGUCUAUGUCUACAUGCUCUGCUACUUGCACGCUCCAUCCACUACGACUCUCGAACAUCUGCGUAAGCACAAACAUACGAAGGGUAAUCAAAACUGCGAAGUCAAGCCACUGAGUAGUAGCAACGCCGUCGAUAUUGCACAGAUUGAACUGGCUGACGGUAACGAAAUUAGCGAAAGCGAUCUGGCGUAA